GCAUUCAGAAGUAUAUCAACAGCUGCUCGGACUGAUUUGCUCGCAUUCUACGAGGAAACUCCCAGCUGACACCACUCUACCUCAGAAAACAAAGAAAAUUUCCUCAAAAAUGUGCAUUUUCAUCGACUGUUUGCUGAGCCCGAUAAUUAUCUGGCCGGCUAUUAUUGGCGCGGCUAUCUAUUUCUUGAAGGGAUACAUGCAAGGCGGCCAGUUCACCAAGCAGACCGAUGAAACCGGAAAAGUAUUCAUCGUCACGGGAUCCAACACAGGAAUCGGCAAGGAGACGGUCCUGGAGAUAGCGAAACGCGGAGGAACAGUCUACAUGGCAUGCAGGGAUCUAAGUCGGUGUGACAAGGCCCGUGAUGAGAUUAUCAGGGAGACCAACAACCAGAACGUCUUCUCUCGCCAGUUGGAUUUGUCUUCCUUGGACUCUGUUCGAAAAUUCGUUGCUGGCUUCAAGAAAGAGCAGCAGAAGCUCGAUGUCCUGAUCAAUAAUGCCGGAGUUAUGCGCUGCCCGAAGAUGCUGACCAAGGACGGUUUCGAAAUGCAGUUGGGGGUCAACCACAUGGGCCACUUCCUGCUGACCAACCUGUUGCUGGACGUGCUCAAGAAAUCGGCUCCCAGUCGUAUUGUCGUCGUCUCCAGUCUGGCGCAUACCCGAGGCUCCAUCAACGUGCACGACUUGAACAGCGAAAAGUCCUAUGAUGAGGGUUCAGCCUAUAGCCAGAGCAAGCUGGCCAAUGUGCUGUUCACCCGGGAAUUGGCCAAGCGCUUGGCGGGCACAGGAGUCACGGUGAACUCCCUGCAUCCAGGUGUUGUGGACACCGAGUUGGGGAGGAAUUGGGCCUUCUUCCAGACGAACUUUGUGCAGUACUUUUUAAAGCCAAUGGUUUGGCCGCUCUUGAAGACACCGAAGAGUGGGGCACAGACCUCGAUUUAUGCAGCACUUGAUCCUGAACUCAAGGAGGUCACCGGUCUCUACUUCAGCGAUUGCAAACCCAAGGAGGUGGCUCCAGCUGCCAAGGACGAAAAGUUUGGAAAGUUCCUGUGGGAGGAGAGCGAGAAGUGGACAGGUUUGGCCACCCCCAAAGUGGAUAAGACGUCCGAGUAGGGUUAGAACAAGCGGUUUAUUCAACAGUAAUACUAGCUGCUUUUCCACGAGUAGGUUAAUUCAAUAAAUACAUCUAUAUGUAGUAGCCUAGCUUUCAUAAAGCGGCUUUCAGUUGCAGUUAA